GAAGAAAGAAGUAAGAAAAGAGAUCGGUGGUGGAUGAAAAGAAGUGAAUAUGAAAUAAAUAAUGUUUUGCAGCAUAAAAUUGAAAUUGAGGAUAAAGAAGUUCAUUUUGGUGCAUUUACAUCAACGUUUUGAGAUUAAGAUGUCUUCAAACUUGAGUUUUCAGGUUCAGGUGUCUUCACACUCGUGUUUUGAGGUUUAGGUGUCUUCACACUAGAGUUUUAAGGUACAGGUGUCUUCACACUAGAGUUCUAAUGUAUAAGUAAAUUUACAUAAGAUUUAUAAGGUUCAGAUGUUUUCACAAUAUAGUUUUGAGGUUCAGUUGGCUUC